CAGAUAUCUAGACAAAAUGAAUACAGAUACAAUACGGACGAUCGUUGGAAUUAUCGGAAAUGUUAUAUCGUUUUGCCUCUUUUUAUCUCCCAUGCCAACGUUCAUAAAAAUAUGGAAAGCAAAGACGGUGAUGCAAUUCAAACCAGAUCCUUACGUUGUAACUGCAUUGAAUUGUGCAGUUUGGGUGUUUUAUGGAAUGCCAUUUGUUCAUCCUGACAGUCUUCUUGUUGUUACUAUUAAUGGCAUUGGUCUCUUUAUUGAAUUCUUAUAUAUAAUCGUCUUCUUUAUCUAUUCCGAUGGGCCAAAGCGUAAGAAGAUUUCUAUUUUUUUGGGAGUUGAAAUAAUCCUUUUUGCGAUCCUCGUUUUCGUUACGCUUACUUUCCUUCAUGGAACCAAGAAUAGAUCAAUGCUCGUUGGUAUAUUGGCUGUCAUUAUGAAUGUUGCUAUGUACGCUUCUCCCCUCACCGUCAUGCGUCGAGUGAUCAGCACCAAGAGUGUGAAAUUCAUGCCAUUUUACCUCUCACUUGCAAACUUUUGCAAUGGAGGUAUUUGGUUCGCCUAUGCAUUCCUCAAAUUUGAUCCUUACAUCCUGAUACCCAAUGGUCUGGGAACGUUAUCUGGAGCAAUUCAGCUCAUCCUUUAUGCAAAAUAUUACAAAACCACCAAUUGGGACGAUGAAGGAAAGCCAAAUGAAAUUGAACUUCAAAGAAACGCAGACACAGUCUAA